UUGUAAUAUUUCAUGCCUAAUCAACUUGUUUAGCUGGUGCCAACAUCAGCAAAAUUAAAUUAAGAUCAACUUUCUGCAUGAGUUUGCCAAUGUCCUUCCUGCUACCUGCUACCUGCUGAAGCAUUGUUGCCACUAUUUUUUAUUGCUUCAACUUUGGUUUAAAGAAUUUGCACUGCUUAUCUUCACGUUAAGAACAACAGCAGUAAACAAUUCAUUGUUCUUCUCAUAAUUUAGCUUCUCUUGAUCCUGGUCUUCGGCGUUAUCUAUGAGUAUUAGUGCCUUGUCAGGCAUCAUUCAUACUCGUUCAAGAUCUUCCACUUACGUUACCAGAACAAUGGAGCCUGUUCUGAUACAUGGAACCCUUCACGUGACUAUCUACGAGGCUUGUAGGGUUUUUGGUUCAGGGUGCAGCAAGUUUUGUUGCAAGAUAUUGGAGAACAUUGAUAAGAAUGUUGGAUUUGGAAAGGGCUUCUGUAAACUAUAUGCUGGAAUUUAUUUAGAAGAAGCUAGAGUUGGCAGAACUAGAUUGUUAGAACAUCCUCACUCCGAUCCGCAAUGGUUUGAGUCUUUCCACAUUUACUGUGCUCAUAUAGCAUCUAAUGUUAUAUUCUCCGUCAAAGAAGAUAAUCCUAUUGAGGCAGUUGUGAUAGGGAAAGCUUAUUUGCCUGUCGCUGAACUCCUAGAUGGAAAAGAAGUAGAUAAAUGGCUUGACAUUCUGCAUAAAAACCAUAGACCUCCGCAUAAAGGUUCAAAGAUUCAUGUAAAAGUGCAGUUCUUUGAUGCCACUAAACGGCAUUAUUGGUCUAAAGGGAUUGGAAGUCCUAAAUUUCCAGGUGUCCCAUACACAUUCUUUAGUCAAAGAAGUGGUUGCAGAGUCACUCUUUACCAAGAUGCUCAUGUUCCUGAUAAAUUUGUUCCGAAAAUCCCUUUGGCUGGGGGCAAGCUUCAUGAACAACACCGUUGCUGGGAAGAUAUCUUCGAUGCCAUUUUCAAUGCAAAGCAUCUUAUUUACAUCACAGGGUGGUCUGUAUUUACUAAAAUUACUUUGGUAAGGGACCCAACGAGGCAAAAACCAGGAGGAGACAUGAUCCUAGGUGAGCUACUGAAGAAAAAGGCCAACGAAGGUGUUAGGGUUUUGAUGCUCGUUUGGGAUGACAGAACUUCAGUGAAGUUGCUUAAGAGGGAUGGAUUGAUGGCUACACAUGAUGAGGAUACAGGGAGUUAUUUCCAUAACACAAAAGUCCAUUGUGUAUUGUGCCCUCGUAGCCCUGAUGAUGGACAGAGCAUUGUACAAGGCAUAGAGAUUUCUACAAUGUUCACUCAUCACCAGAAGACUCUGGUGGUGGAUAGUGAAUUGCCUGGUGGAGAACUACCAAAGAGGAGGAUCGUGAGUUUCAUUGGUGGUAUUGACCUUUGUGACGGGAGAUAUGACACUCCAUCUCAUCCGAUUUUCAGGACUUUGGAUACAGUACACCACAACGAUUUUCGUCAGCCUAAUUUCGCAGGUGCCUCAAUUCAUAAAGGAGGGCCAAGGGAGCCUUGGCAUGACGUUCAUUGUCGGUUAGAAGGAUCCAUUGCUUGGGAUGUCUUGGUCAAUUUUGAACAGAGAUGGAGAAAGCAAGGUAAGAAGGACUUGCUUCUUCAACCAAGAGAACUUGACUGCAUUCUUACACCUCCAUCUCCUGUUAUGCUCCCCGAAGACCAUGAAACAUGGAAUGUUCAACUGUUUCGGUCGAUCGAUGGUGGAGCUGCUUUUGGCUUCUCUGAAGCUCCUGAAGAUGCAGCCAGAGUCGGACUCGUCUGUGGGAAGGAUAAUGUCAUUGAUAGAAGCAUUCAGGAUGCUUAUAUCAAUGCCAUUCGGCGGGCAAAAAAUUUCAUUUACAUUGAAAACCAGUACUUCCUUGGAAGCUCAUUUUCCUGGAAAUCAAAUGACGUAAAGGUUGAGGAGGUUGGUGCUUUGCAUCUUAUCCCGAAAGAACUUUCAUUAAAGAUUGUUAGCAAAAUUAAAGCUGGAGAGAGAUUUUCUGUCUACGUUGUCAUUCCAAUGUGGCCAGAGGGCAUUCCAGAAAGUGGUUCCGUUCAAGCAAUAUUGAACUGGCAAAAGACGACGAUGGAGAUGAUGUAUAGCGAUAUAGCUGAAGCUCUCCAGGACAAGGGGCUUGAGGCAAAUCCAAAGGACUACUUAACAUUCUUUUGCCUAGGCAAACACGAGAGAGAGAUGCCCGGAGAAUAUGUUCCUUCAGAGAGACCUGAACACAAUUCAGAUUACAGCAGAGCUCAGAAAGCUAGGCGGUUCAUGAUCUAUGUUCAUGCCAAGAUGAUGAUCGUUGAUGAUGAAUACAUAAUCACUGGAUCUGCCAACAUUAACCAACGAUCAAUGGAUGGAGGGAGAGAUACAGAGAUAGCAACGGGAGCCUACCAACCAUAUCACUUAGCCACCAACCAGCCUGCCAGGGGCCAGAUUCAUGGCUUCAGGAUGUCAUUAUGGCAUGAACACCUAGGCCAGCUUGAUGACACCUUUUGCCAUCCUGAGAGCCUGGAAUGUGUCCGAAAGGUGAAUCACAUGGCUGAAAAGAAUUGGCACCUCUAUUCAUCCGAGGUAUUGGACGACGAUUUACCAGGCCAUUUGCUUGCUUAUCCCAUUGGAGUUACCAGUAAUGGAGAGCUCACAGAGCUUCAAGGGACAGAAUUUUUCCCUGGCACCAAGGCUCGUGUUUUCGGGUCAAAAUCUGAGCUGCUCCCUUCAAUCCUCACAACUUAGAUAUUCUCUCUAAUUCAUGACCUUGUAUCUAGUCAACAGUUUCCUGUACAUAUUUAAAAUUG